AUGGAUAAAACAACUCUCAAUAAAAGAGAAUUAGAAGUAUGGCAAGAACAAUUGUUUCAAUUGAAAAGUACCAUUGAAAAGAAAGAAAUGGAAUUAGAAAGAAGAGAGCAAUUAAUCAAAGAAAGGGAAUCUUUUCUUAUUAAACGAGAAGAAGAGUUGCAUAGAAAAGAAAAUGAACUUCAAGGCAAUACCUUUCCAAUACACACUACUCUUACUGAAGACAUAACCAAUGAAAAAAUUACUCCCCCAUCUUUUAAAACUAAUACUAUUCCACCACAAAUCAACAGUAUUGAACACCAACCUGAAUCUUCACAAAUUGUACCUCCAAUCAUUGAUAUGUCAUUCUUUAAUGCUGGUUUAAAACAACAAAGAUAUCAAAAUAAUGUUCAACAACAAAAUGAUAUGAUGUUUACUUCUACUCCUAUUAACAGAAAUAGUCAACAAAUUCAUAGUAAUCCUUAUAUGCCUCAACAAUUUUAUCAACCUCAUUCUCCUCAGUACCAACAAAACAAUUCUUAUUUUGAUGUGUAUGAUUCUUUUAAUCAACAAUUAAACAUGUAUUCUCCUCAACAACAAUUGAUAACUCAAUCUAACCAAAUUGCUCCUCAUCAAUCAUUUAUUCAACAAAUAAUUCCAUCAACACAGAUAUCAAACCAACUUCCACAACAACAAGAAAACAAACCAAAGGAGUUUGAAAUUCAAACAAAUAUUCCAAUUCCAGAUGAUGUUAAAAUAAAUGAAUUAGAAUUUGAAGAAAUGAAAUUACCAUCAUCAACAAAUCAAUAUAAUGAAUUAGAAGAACAAGAAUUACAACAGAUUGAACAAGAAAUGGAAAAAGAAAAAAGAGAUAAUGAAUUACUUAAACAAGAAGUUCAACAAGAAAUUAUUCAAUCAACACCUACAAUAUCAAAACAAAAUUAUUUGAAUGAUUCAUUUGAAAGUAUUGACAGUAGUUAUAAUAAUAAGGUAAAUACCACGACACGAGCAGCAUUAUCCUUAUUUGGAACAACUAAAGUUGUUGAAGAGAAAUUAAAUAGAUAUCAAGAGCCAAAAAAGAUUGAAACAAAAGAAAUUCAAGGAAGUACAAAUGUUCAAAAGAAAAAGACAAGAUUUACUUUAACAGGACAACCAAUAUGUUCAUAUCCAGGAUGCUCAAAAACAACAUCUAUUAAUCCUGAUGAUUUUUGUUGUUGUUCAGUCUGUAAAAUAGCAUAUUGUGAACAACAUAAAAACAAAUUAGAAAUUAUUAUUCCAACGUUUAAGAAUUUAACAAGUAAAAAACAAGUUAUAAAACCUUAUGUUGUUUGUGAAGAUUGUAAAAUACAAGAAGAUAAUUCACUUGAUAAACAAAAAAUAGGAGUUAUAAUAAAUAAAUGGGAUGUAUUUGAACAAAAAAGAAAAUUAGUAAUUGAAUCAAUGAAAGAAGAUGAAGAACGUGUUAAGAAAGGAUUAGAACGUUUAAUUAGUAGAAUACAAAAAGGUAAAUUAUUUGGAAGAAAAGAAAAUGGAAAAAAUAAUAUUUGUCCUGUUUGUGAUGUAUUAAUGAAUGGAGCAGAUUAUAUGAAUGUUACAUGUGAUAUUUGUAUGAGAAAAUGUUGUGUAGGAUGUAGUAUUCAUACAACAAUAGCACCAACAUUAAUUAUGGGAAUUGAAGAUCCUAUGGCAGAAUAUAUUAAAGUUGUUAUUUGUAAAAGAAGAAAAACUAACGAUACUCGUGUUGAAUUGAAAAAAAGAGACCAAACAUUGAAUAAUGCUCAUCAAAAAUUAAUUGAAUCAGAAGCAAUGUUAAAAUCACUUCUUAAACGUCUUGAAGAUGUUGUUGAUAAUUUUAAAGGAGUUGAUGAUAUUAAAUUGUUUGAACAAAAAGAAAUGUUUUAUGUAGAUGGUUUAAAUGAUGUUACUAAUAUUUUAACUCAAUUAAAAAGUCAAAAAGAUAAUUUGGACAAAGACAUGAAAAGUAUUAUGAAUAAUCUUGUUAUUGCUUACUCCUCUCUAAUCCAAAAUAGUUCUAUGAAACAUGCAGUUAUCUUUUCAAGGUAUACUACUAAAGUAAAACAAUUAAACUUAAAAUAA